AUGGGGUCUGCAACACCUCUCCAUGUACUGGUCUUCCCUUUCAUGGCACAAGGCCAUACCCUCCCUAUGCUAGACCUCUCCAAGCUCCUAGCUCGGUGUGGUAUCAAGGUCACCAUCAUCACCACCCCUGAAAAUUUUCCAGAGUUGAGGGGACCACUAGGAGUAGAGAGCACUGUUGACCUUCCCUCAGAAGACCUGCGUGCUCCUUUCAUCGAGGCGAUCAAGAAGCUUAAAGAACCCUUUGAGGAGAUCCUCAGAGGUAUGUUUGAGGCUGGGUGUCCACCCAUUGGUGUGAUCUUAGACUUCUUCCUAGGCUGGAUGCUUGACUCUUGCAACUCUUUUGGCAUUCCUAGGAUUGUUACUUAUGGUAUGAGUGCCCUAUCUCAAGCAAUACUGAUUACAUCAGGCUUCCACACUCAAUAUAUUUUGGCAUCAUUGCCCGAGGAUCCUGUACAGUUUCCUGAGUUACCAACCCCAUUUCAGGUAACACGAGCAGACUUCUUGCACCUGAAACAUGACCCCAGAUCCAGUCUAAUGUCCUCUAUAGUUCAAGAGUUCACCUAG